UGAUUUUCACGAGGGAGGAGGAGGAGGAGGUGCUGCUGUUUGCUAGUAGCCAUAUGGAUACCCGGAAUCACGGCAGGAUAAAGUUCUAAAUACUGUAAAAAAAUAAAUAAAUACAUAAAUGAAAAGAAAACAUAGACGCGUUUUGUUGGACAUGCAAACCCGCGGGAGUUAUUGUGAAGGAGUACGUCUAAGUGGCGGGUUUUUCGGGACGUUUUAACGCUUCAACAUGAUGACAACAACACAGUAGUGUUGGCAAUCUAAAGGCUCUCCAGUGGAUCCCGCAGCACCCCCGAGACUUAGAAAUGAAGAUUCAAGGGCAGCCCGAGGGCGCGAGGAGGCGGCUGGAUUUGAACGCGGCUGGCGAGCUCCGGGACGUGGAGGUCAUCCGCGGUCGGGCCGGGUACGGUUUCACGAUUACGGGGCAGAAACCGUGUCUCCUGAGUGGCAUCAUGGAGGGGAGUCCCGCCUUCGUGGUGGGGCUCAGACAAGGGGACCGGAUUGUGGCCGUCAACGGGGCCGACGUGUCCGCCGCCUCUCACGAGACGGUGGUGCAGCUGAUCGGCGGCUGCACGGGGCCCCUGCGCAUGGUGGUGCUCUCAGAGCGCCGCAUGAUGGGAAACCCCAUCCUCAACGACGCCAAGUUCGGCUUCGAGCAAAAAGGCAGCGUUUUCAAAAGGCCGGGCGUUCUCCGCACCGUCUCACACGACUCCAGCAGGCCGUCCGGUCACGCCGGCAGCGGCGUCACCGCCAGGCAGAGGCCGGUGUCAGAGCCCGACAUGUCGCUGUGGUCGCAUCAGCUCAACGCCGCGUCGGAGAGGACGAAGGAGGGAGCGCCCGCGGCUCGAGACGCCGACUCUGCAUCUACGGACGCCGGAGAAGUUCACCCGGACUGGAGUGCUUUAAACGUGACUCUGGUGGUCGGCUACCUCAGCUCCACCGAGCUGAUUCUGAACACCGGGGACUCAGAGAGCAGCUGUUUGAAGGCCAUCCGGGAGAGAAUCCGCCAGCUGGGCACAGAGCAGGACACCCACACCCUGGUGAUGAUGAGGGUCAUGUUCGAUUGCAUCCGGCUGUGCGACGACGCAGGGGCCGUGUUGGCGGCUUUCCCGGCCGAGAACCUCGUCCUGGGAGCCGUCUGCGCCGAGGACCCGCGCUUCUUCUGCCUGGUCACCACGGCGCACAUCAUCGACGGUCGCGUGCCGGAGGACGGUCCUCUGCGGGCGUCCUGCCACGUCUUCUUCAUCGACCCAGAGCUGGGAAGCCACAAGGAUCACGUAGGGAUUGCCGGCCGGUUUGGCUUCGCCUGCACUCCAGAUCCAGACGCCUUGGGCUGCCUCGAGUUCCCUCAGACUCCCCCGGACGUGCUGCACUUUGUAACAGUCCUCUACGGCGACCUGGGGGAGGCCGUGGAAAAGCUCAGGGCCAAACUGGACACGGAGGCCAAAGAGGCCGACAGCAGCAGCAAACUCGGCAGCGCCAGCAGCAACGGGGACAGCGGCAUCGACAAUUCUUCCCCCCCUGAGGAGAGAGCGGACAGGGAUUUCCCUUCUGAUAUCCCAAAUCUUACCGGGACCAACCUCCCCAGCUGUCCCUGGGAUUAUCCCUCGGCCGAAGCCGUCACCCCGAUAAACCUCGCCCAGAACGGCCAAAAACUUAACCCGGAGAGCGACGCCGGCACGCAUUCCCUUUCGGAGUCGCUGCCCGGCCCGGAUUCUCUCACAAGCUUCUACGGCGGCCCGCCGCCCAGGCUGGAGUUCCAGUUCAAGCCCCCGCCCCCUCCUCUACCUGUGGGGAGAAAAGCGAGCUUCCUGGCUCCUCCUAUGAGAAGCAGCCAAAGGUGGUUCUCAAAGCCAAAGUGGCCUAAAGCCCUGAGCAGCGAAUCUGUGCAUGAGGAGACAUCCACCAACACCAGCUCCACCCCUCCCUCCCCACCGGGCCAGGUUCCCUCAGACAGGUGCCAGUCCACAGAGGCCAUGAUGCCUCCUAGAGAGGAUUGGACCAAAAGGUUUCUGGAGCAGAGACAGAAACAGCGGACAGAUGGCAGCUUCAGAAAUGGAUCCAGGUUUUGGGGCAUAGGCGUUACCCGCGCCUCCAAACGCCGGUCUUCCAAGCGUCUCAGCAUGGCACGAUCCCUGGAUGAUCUCGAGUCUGCUACUUCAUCAGAUGGCGCUCUAAAGUGGCCAUCUGCCGUCAUGAUAGCAGACUACAGUGGAAUCCAGCUGCAGGGCUGCUGCAGCCACAGCAGCCUGAACAGCAAUGGGAGUCUCCCGGGAGCCAGCAGGUACCGAGGUUCCUCGGAGCAGCGGGUGGCUGGCUGGUCCACCUGCUUUGAGCGCCUCCUCCAGGACCCUGUGGGGGUGCGCUACUUCUCGGAAUUUCUCAAGAAAGAAUUCAGCGAGGAGAAUAUCUUGUUCUGGCAGGCCUGCGAAUACUUCAGUCAUGUCCCGGCAACAGACAAAAAGCAGCUGCUCUUCAAAAUGGGAAAGAUAAGCGACCAGGCAAUUCAGCUGUCCCAGAGAGCGGGGGAGAUCUACAACAGCUUCCUGUCCAGCAAGGCCACCAUGCCAGUGAACAUCGACAGCCAGGCCCAGCUGGCAGACGACGUCCUGACCUCGCCUCAGCCUGAAAUGUUCAAGACCCAGCAGCUUCAGAUCUUUAACCUAAUGAAGUUCGACAGCUACUCGCGUUUCCUAAAGUCCUCCCUCUACCUGGAGUGUCUGCGCGCUGAAGAGGAUGGUCAACCCCUGCCGGACCCCUACCAGAUCCCCUGCAGCCCCGCGCCCUCCAAACACAGCGCCAGCUCCGACCGCUCCACCCUCUCCACUCCCAAAAAGGACAUUAGAAAGCAGAGAUCAGGGAAGUCACUAACGGAAGACACUAAGGAAGAGACCGCAGAUAAAAAGCGCGGCAUCUUCUUCUCCUGGUCCCGCAACAGGAGCUUUGGGAAGGGUCCAAAGAAGAAAGAAAUUGGAGACGUAAAUCUAGACUUCUGGGGCAGCAACGGUCGGAGAGAGUCUCAGGGUUCCCUGUCGUCCAGCGCCAGUCUGGAGAUCCCCAAUUCUGUGUCUGCUGCCAAAAUGGAGUCUGACAAUCGACACUCAGUGGGAGCGUGGGAACGCUCGGCCAGACACUGUAGCGUGCUGCUGCCCGACGGCUCCUGCUCCUCCAUCACUCUGCGGCACGGCGCCUCCAUCCGAGAGGUCCUCCAAGACCUGUGUCGCAACAUCUGUGUCAACAUCGCGGCUGUGGAUCUUUUCCUUGUGGGAGGGGAGAAGCCUUUGGUGUUGGACCAAGACUGCAUGACGCUCUGUUCACGAGACCUAAGAAUGGAGAAGCGCACCUUGUUCCGGUUGGACCUGGUGCCUAUCAAUCGCUCCGUGGGUCUUAAAGCCAAACCUACAAAGCCGGUCACAGAGGUCCUCCGUCCCGUGGUGGCCAAAUACGGCCUGAAUCUCAGCGAUCUCGUGGCCAAAAUAAGCGGAGAGACCGAGCCGCUGGACCUGGGCGCGCCCAUAUCGAGUCUGGACGGGCUGCGAGUCGUGCUGGAGCGGGCAGACCCCUGUUCAGGCAAAGAAAAAUCCAAGUCUUCCUCCCUAAAGGGCCACCCUCCAACCAGGAGUUUUUCUGCCGCAGGAGAUGAGAGGUCAUCACCAAAGGACAUUUCUGUGAGAGCGAGUGGACCAGCCUCAGCACUCCCAGGGGAAAAGAGAAAACAGAAAAAGAUUAAUAUAGAUGAAGCUGAAGAAUUCUUUGAACUGCUAACCCGAGCUCAGAGCGCCCGAGCCAACGACCAGCGCGGACUCCUGAGCAAAGAAGACCUGGUGCUUCCAGACUUCCUGCGCCUGACUCCGCCCACCUCCUCCUGCUCCGCCUCCUCCAAUCUGGCCUGCUCCACCCCGGCCUCCCUGAAGCAGAGCCGAGAGAACGGCGUGCCCCCUCGGGGAUCCCUCACGUCUGCUCUGCGCUCAGAGAGCCUGGACUCUUCCCUCAGCUCCAGCGCCAACGGACACUCGGCGGCCAGGAGGUGCCUGCUGCCCCCUCCCCGCCACUCCACGUUCGGCACCCACCUCUCCCCCAUCCCCCGGCCCUCCGACUGCCGACCGAGCCUCCGCACGGUGGAGGAGGACGCCCACGCCGACCUGACCCUGGUGGGCGAGGGCGACAUCAGCAGCCCCAACAGUACUCUGUUACCCCCGUCACCUUCAUGCUUCCCAUCCCUGGAGAUCAGCCUCCCUGAGGCCAACUUCACGCCACCAACACCCUGCUCCCAGUCUCAAGACACAGGUGGAGAGGGAAAAUCAAGUUCAGAGAGAAUACAAACAACCCACAGCACAAAGCCACCUGCUGACAGAGCGGAUGCUGCACAGACGACGCUUCAGGAGGUGAUGGACGUGGAGGGGGUCCACCUCGAGGAAGCCAAACUCGAAGCGCCCCAGGGAGAGGACUCCGAGCUCAGCUUAAGCUUUCAGGGCUACGUCGCCGAGCUGCGGCAGUGCCAGACCAAAAUGAGGAACGCCCAGAUACCCCAGAACGGCCGUAACUCGGCAGAAGGCAAGGACUGCCAGUCAGACAUGUUCAAGGCCACGAUUGUCUGAAGGGAACAACCCCACCCUCACACACACACUACUGCACUUUUUAAGCCUGAGGCACUGAUGUCUGAAAGAGGAUAUGUUAAACCAAUGGGCUGCGUGUAAAGGUGUCAUCUCUCUUUCUGAAACAAAUAUGGCGACAGAGGUAGUUACAGCAAGAACUUUACAAACACUCAUGAGAGGCGUGAAUGACAUGAAUUUGGGGCUUUUAAUUAUUCCUUUGAACCGCGGUGGAACGAUAAAGCUAUUUCAGUAACGUUUGAAACAAUAAAGCACAAGUUUGAAAUUGUAGUGAGUUUUCUCUAACCCAUACAACAUCAAAACAUAAACCCUACUGUUGGGCUGAAUGUCCCUUAACAAGCUGCACCCCCCAACCACGUGCUUUUUGUAGCGUUCAACAAGCCUCUGAUAUAAUUAGGUUGACCCUACUUGGCACAAUUGGUACAGUUAAGGCAAAAUGCUUGAUUUCCUGGUACACACCUGGCUUUUAGUGCACAAGUAUGCGGAUUAACUUAAUGUUAGGCUUCUUUAUCAUCUUAUAAUGCCAAGUUGUGUUUAAGUUUCAACUAUCUAGCUGUUGAGCUAAGGUGAAGUUGGAAAACUAUUAUUUCAUUCAUUUUGUGUGAUGCAGCAGUAGCGCUGGCAGCCAAACAGACCCUCACCAUGCUUGCUACAGUUCGAAAUCUUCACUGCGGGUGCGUAGAUUACUCUUUAUCGUUUUGGUAAGAAAAAUAAAUUCUCCUAUACUCGGGUUUACAAAGAAGAAAAAAUAUCUUUUCAAAAAUGUCUCGACUUACAGAAGUAUCCAAAACCCUUUCUUUCAAUGAUUUUGUUACGAUAAGAAGACUGUUUGGCUACUGAUUGCUAAACUGUCAAAUAUCUAAACACAUCUUAACGAGCUUCCACCUCCUACAUCUACCACUGGUUUGAAUAGAAAACAAUAGAAUACAAUAAAAAUGCCUUUAUUGUCCCACAGUGGAGAAAUUUGAGUCCGGCAGUGGCAAAAACACAUAGAAGACAAUAUUAAAAUGAAAAGAACAAAAUUUUAAAGGGAAGCUGUAGAUCAGAAGAGAAAGAUGUUAUCUGGAAGGGGAAAAUAUAUUGUGCUAUUAUUAAUUAAUAAUAAUGCCGCAGUUAGAUAAAACUUUUAUUUCCAAGUUAAAAUUUCCAAGUUAAAAUCAAACAAAGAAUACAGAAUGACAGUAAAAACUGUGCAAUAUGCAUGUUUGUAGAAACAAACCCUCCCAGAGAAACUAAAAGGUGUGCAAAUAGACACAAGCACAUGAGACACGGUGUAAAUGGUUCUUGAUCAGAUGCAGAAUCCGUGCAACCAUUAGCACGCUUGUAAACAUUCACUGAGUUUUUUGGGAGAUUAUAAAGUCUUGUAGCAGCUGGGAAGAAGGACCUGCGUAAGCACUCUUUUGUUUCAGUAAAAUUUACAAAGGCUCCCUAAAUCACCUUGAAUUCUUUAAACAUUCUUCUUAUCAUUUAGGCCAAAUAGCUUAAUCUUUGUCUCAUAUGCACAUACAGCCUCUUUUAAAUGACAUUUGGUUGGGGAAAGGUGGACAGCUGCAGAUGUCAGUCGAGCUUGAAGAGCAGCAUCUUCCUUGGUCGGCACCCUCUCAUUUCAGGAUGUUGGGAAAAAUGUGGGUUCACUGUGUUCAUUCAGGUUCCCAUUAAUAGGUUUGACCCUGGGUGAUAACCAACUUCCUCCAAUCUUAAAGGAGCUAUAAGUAAUACUGACACCUUGUGGCUCAAAUCGGUACAACAGCUUGCCAAUCAGAACAAUUUAAACGGUGUGAAACCCUUCUGAAUUUUUAUUUACACAGAACAGGUACAUGAUGAUGUAUUAUGUACUAUUUCUGGUCUGCUUCUCUUACUGGCUUCCAUGUUAGCAGGCUGCUGCUCUUUUGCCAAGAUAAAAUACAAAAUGCUGUGCUCUCAGUUUCAGGAACCCUGGGAAAUCGCAUAUGAUUGGCUCAGGAACCAGGAAGUAAACACGGGCUACACUCUGAACCAAAUUAGUUCCGGACCAUAACUCUAGGUUUGAAAGGAGAAAAACGUGACUAAGACAUUGUUGAUGGAGAGGAUCGAUUGUUAAUAGAGAAUGUUACUUCUGUCCCAGGUGACAAAUGAGAAUGAUUUAGGUUGAUUUUAAAGUAAAUAUCUUUCUUAUAGCUCCUUUAAGGGGACAGUUUUAGUUCCAUUAGCUAAGACUGAUCUAACACAUACAUAGACACUGGUUAGGAAAUGGACAAAGCAGAUUAACAUUAAAGGGGUCUAGUCAUGUAUUUUGACCAUAAAAAGAAACCACAAAAAACUAUAUAUCCAUCUUUAAAUAAAACAAAAUACGGCAAGCGUUUUUCCUUAUAGUGUUUACUUAGUCCUUUUUGGGCAGUACUGCAGAACUAUCAGAAACAAGAUGGCAACAAUUGACAAACAGAGCAAAAACAAUGUGUAAAACACAGAAAUAAAAUAUAAUAAGCCAACAGGGUGGAAACCCUUUGUAUGUAACCAGAGUGAGCUCCUGGAGUACAAAUUCAUGAAGUCAUCGUAUUUGAUGACUUGGACCCUUUAACUUCUGAAAUGGCUUGAUGUUCAAACAUCAACCCUGUUAAAAAAGGUGUGAACAUUUCUUAAGAUAGCGCCAGAAAACCAAACAAAUUUAAAUGAACUCUACAAUUUCUGUCAAGAAGUGUUUUGAAAUAUCCAGCCAGAAUUAUCCCAGAACCUUGUUGAUGGCUGCAAAAAGCAUAUUGUGUAGGUGUACCUUGCCAAGUUACAUUUCACUAAAUAUUCAAAGGGAGGGAUAUACAUAUAGUUUUAACCUGUGUGGCCUAGAGAAAAUCCACGAAUUCAAACUUUAAAUAAAAAUUUUUGUUGCAUGAUUAUUGUACCGAAUGGUAUAAAUUUAUCCUUAAAAACACAAAAUUAUUUUGGCAUUCAUGCCCGUGUCGAGUGUAACUUCUCACUGGAACCGUAUAGCUGUUUAAAGUUACAGACUAUGGUUGUUAAAAUUUAGUAUUGUAAUUUUUGGAGAGUGACACGUUAUUAUUUUUUGUAUCGUUAACUAAUGAAGUGAAAUGUAACUAUAUUUUUAGCCAUGUUAGACUAAAGGAAAAACCCAGAUACAGUCCUACCUUGGAGUACUAUUUUCUAUUGGGGUUCAAAUGUUGUUGAUUGUACAAUGCCAACUCUUAAAAUCCAUUACUCUGUGGUGAAAAACUGUUUAUUUUUUAUGUUUCAGUUUUACUUUAAAAAUGAAUAUUUUCUAACUGCUGGGAUCUGUUAGAAAGGAGAACCACAAUUUAGGCAGGGCUUUGUUUUGAUGAUCAAACGGACGGCGAGGCGCAGUUUCUCAGAGUAUUUUCUUGUCUAAACGGUCUUCCUCUGUUACAGUAAUACCUUAAACUGUACCUCUGUUGUCUGUGUUUUCUGCUUCUGUGGUUUUGAAAUUGUCUUAGAUUAAUGAAUGAUUAAAAAGCCUUCAUGGUGACUGAUUCAGCAAA